AUGCAUACUUAUGCUAAAUUCAUCAAGGAUAUUAUCACAAAGAAGAGGAGAUUUGAGAAUCAAGAGGUUGUGACCAUUAAUUCUUGUUGUAGUGCUAUAAUUCAAAGAACUCUACCGAAGAAAGAAAGUGAUCCGAGAAAAGUUACUCUACCGGUGACAAUUGGUAAUGUUUAUGUCGGUAAGGGAUUGAUCGAUUUGGGUUCUAGAAUUAAUUUGACUCCAUUAUCUCUUAUGAAAAGAUUGAGAAACAUUGAGUUGAAAUCUACAAGGAUGACUUUACAAUUAGCCGACAAGUCCACCACUCAUCCUAUAGGGAUUACGGAAGAUUUGUUAGUUAAGGUUGAUAAGUUCUUUUUCUCGGUCGAUUUUGUGGUGAUUGAUAUGGAGGAGGAUUAUGACACACCUCUAAUACUUGGAAGACCUUUCAUGAAAACCGCUCGGAUGAUGAUCGAUAUCGAUGACGGUCUAAUGAAAGUGAGAGUUUUGGAUGAAGAAGUGUGUUUCAAUCUCUUUGAAGAAAUGAAGCAUUCCAAUGAUAAAAGUGAUUAUUUUCGAGUGGAUGCGACCGAUGAAGCUAUCAUGCAAGUGAAGAAGCAAAAUCAUAUGUAUACUCCUCUUGAGAGAGCUCUCACAAAUGCUCUUCAAAUCCUAAAUGAAUAUGAAGAAAAAGAAAUUGAGGAAUGUUUGAAAGAGUUGGAAGCAUUAGAGGAGAUUUCUCUUUUGGAAGAUAUGGUGGAUGAAUUGAAAAUACCAACUACAAAGGAGGAAAGUAAGCUUGAAUUGAAAAUUCUUCCUUCACACUUGAAGUAUGUGUUCCUCGAGAAAAAUGAAAAAAAGCCGGUGAUAAUUAGCAAUGCCCUUUCUAAGAGUGAAGAAUAA